AGGCUGAGAGUUGCUCAAAAGUAGCUGGAAGGAGGAUUUUGGUCAGAAGUUCUUCUAACUAACUCUUAUCUCAGCUGUCCUUCCGCUCAAUCAAGUCUGAGAUCAAUUGUGACUGGAAAUGAAGGGCAGUGUGUGGCAAGGAGAAGAGCAUGCUGAAACAGUCUUACAAAACUAAGUACAGAUAGUGGUAUAUAAAAUUUGAGACACCUCAGCAGUGGUGUUUUUUUUUUAAGUCAACAGGGGGCAGAAAGACUGGAUAUCAAUUCUGUGGGCCACCAGGGAAGAAAAGCCAUUCAAAACUAUCAGAUACUUAAGUAUUCUUAAGUAUUAGUACAUAAGUAUUCACUCCUAAGAACACUGCAAGAUACGUUGGUAGUAGGUGGACACUUAAAGGCGAAAAAUAGCUUAUUAAUUGUGUGUUACACUGCAGCCACAUGGCUCACUGAACACUGAUAGGUAAUCUAGGAAGUGGGUUAAAUCUCUUUGAAGGGGAGAAGGAGCAGAAACUCUCACAAAAAAGGGGGAAUAAGUCAUUUUACCUCCUUUCUGUCAGUGCUCAAAUGCUGUGUGGUUUUUUUUUCCUCUCCCUGUGCUGGGUGCCUAGGGCAUUAAAGUGUUAAUGUUGCAUUCAGUCAUGUCUUCCAGUAGUCCUUAGACAGAAGUUAGCAUAAGGACCCACAUGGGGAGCAUUGGAAAUAGGGCAGUGUCAGUGUGAAUUGUUCCAGCCCCACAACACUUGUUUUCCAAAUCCAUCCAAAUGCUUCAAAUGUUUCUCAGAAGCCCAACAAUUUGAACUAGUAGUGAUGUAGUUAGAGCAUCAUGUAGUGCAUGAUGUAGUUACUGCACAUAGUGCAGCUGGAGUUGUUGGGGAACAUACCUAGUGUGCAGAAAACAGCAUUUAUUUCAGUUUUCAUUUCUCACUUCAGUUUUGCUGCUUCCCUGGGAUUAGUUAGGGUUGUUGCAAAGGGAUGUUGGCAAACACAUGCGUGUGUAAGAGCAAGUGGUGCUUUCCUGGAUACACUAGUCUUCAAAACGUGUGGAGUUUGUGUGAACUGGGGAAGAGAACAAAAUUGGUCACAUCAUGAGCCUCCAAAAUAGCAUUGAGGGUGUUACUACUCUUUAAAGCCUUAUGUACCCAUGUCCAUACAACAUUUUUGUGGUCCAAAUACUCUGGCUUAUCUCCAAGUAGCUGUAGUUUCUCCAGUCUUGCGUCUGUACAUAUCUGCAUCUGGCAUAAACUUCUACUUGCCUCAGAUGAUCUACCUUUACCACUCCAACUCCGUGUCCAGCUUAAACUUCCUUCUCUUCACUGCCAACUUUCUAGCUCAGGAAAAUUCUGUGCUUUCCUGUAUUUUUUUUUCUUGAUAUAUCAAGUAACUACUUUCCUUCAGCUUUAAUUUUCUUAAAGUUAAAUGAAGGAAGAUGAUAUCUCCACCUCCCUGAGUUGGAAGGAGUAAGUAAUCCUUUGAAUCUCAACUGGGAGGUGGAGUUGAGAGUAUAAGGGCUCCCAGGCGUUAGAAUGAGAGCCUUGGUCUGUUCUUCUUAGCAGGCAAGUAAAUGCAACUUUAGACUGCUCCUAGAGUUGGGAGAAACUGAUCUUUUUUUUUAUACUACAUUACUAGAUAACUUUCUGGUGAUGAACGCCUAUAUCUUUCAGGAUAUAAACUGUUUUGUUGCACAGAGCUGUGCUUCUCAACUUGUAAUAUUGGAAACCGUAUUGUUGUGUGAGAUAGUACUGCACCAAUGGCUUUUUCUUAAUUUGUUUUAAGUAUUUAUGUUGGUUUAGCCCCAUGUUAUGCCUGGAGCUAUUGGGCGAUUAGAUUUGUUUUGGUUUUCUUGUUUUUAAUAGUGAGCUGUGUGGCUUUUUAUAUGGUUUUUUGAAUUGUACUAAAAUGUGUGUAUUUUUUCUUGUAAAAGUGGAGGCCUUGCAGUGUCUCAUACUGAUUGAUACUCAUGAGUUUGGCUGAAAUGGUAUUUUCAUAUAUUGGUCAACAGGCAGAUUUGCAUUUUAAACUGUGCCUUCUUGGUGUAACUUUACACAGCAAACUUGAAGAUACAAAAGGGACAUUUCAGAUAGGAUUAAUACUGUACAUCAGUCUAUGCAUAUACGGCAGCUUCUUUCCAGAGCCACUUUCAAUUUGUAGCAGUCUUUUUGAUAUGGAAGAAUGUCUUGCUCUUAUUUUUAAUAGUUUAACACGAGCUGAAAGCUGACAAAAUACAGCACUUUGCCAAAAAGUAGCAUUGCUUAACCGGUGUGUAUUUACUGAAGUGAUCUUCUGUAUUUUGUUUUCAUGGUGUAUUAUGCGCACCGUGGGGAGACACGAUCUGAACUCUCAAUAAAUGGCCUAUUCAAAAAUGGCGGUCUUCUCUCACGUCUGUUCAAUUCGAAAGGUAAUGGGUGUCCCAUUGGGGUGUGGUAGUCUUGAGUACAGUAUACAGCAAAAAUCCUUGCUGUUGUACAAAGGUUUCUCUGGGAAUCGUUUUGCAUUACUUGAUCAAGUGAUAACACAGGGUCGAAGGAAUACCUUGCGUCCCUGCCAUCUGCUGUGCCUCCUGAUGAGUGUGUCAAACUGCAGUAGGUGAAUAGGAUAGAAAGUAAGAGCGUGUUACUACUUAAAGCACACAGGGUAGGAAAGCUAGUAUCCAGAUAACUCUGCUGUUACACAAGCUUGAUGCUUUCCAGAGGUUAUUUAGAAGAUCUAGUUGCUGUUGUCUGCCCACUGGCUGAUGAAUGCUGAUGCCCUCACUGGCUUCCACCAGUGGUGGGGGUUUUGCCUCAGGACAGCAAAGCUACCUCUGAGAUCGUGACCAGGCUGCCCAGGGCUUAGUCUCUUCCUGUCUGGAAAACCUCCAACAAUGUAGACUGCAAAACCUCUGGGAAACCUGUUCUGAUGCUUGACUUCUGUAAUUAGGGCCCAGAGAAGGCCUUUCCAUGAACCUCAUUUUGGUUCUUAACUCAUUGCAUUUGCUUGAUGUCCUGUGCACAGCUCUGGCAAGUUUGUAGCUUGUACUGGUAGGCUGUGAUUACCAUUCAGGAGGUAGAAGUAGGGAUAGGUAAUGUGAGGCAUGUGAAGACCCUGUGCAAGUGUGUGAGGAAAGCCAAGCCACCUGCAACUGAGUCUAACAAAGACUGUGUGUCAUGGCUAUGGUUCCAUAUGCAUAUGGUCCCAAAGCAUUAUGGAACCAUAAGGCAAUAAGGGGCUUCUACAGAUAUGCCACCUGCAAAAAGAAGAUUAGGGGAAAACACAGAGCUGCAUCUAAAUGGGAUAGGAGACCCUGUGUCAAAGGCAUAGAGAAGGCUGAAUGCCAUGUGUUCUUUGCUAUAGUAUUCAGUGGUUAAAAAAAAAAAGUCUUUGGGAAUCAUGGGCUUCUGAGGUUAGUGGGAAAAUCUAGAGCAAAGGGAAGGUUGAUGCUUGGUUGAGAGGGAUUGAGUAAAAGCACUUCAAGAAAUGGAACAUAAAUGCAUAGGAUGCAUCUAUAGCUGAUAAUGAUCAUUGGCUGUCUAAUGGUGUUGUGAGGACAUUCAGUCUUUCAGUGGUUAUGGCAGUGAACAGGGUUCCUGAAGAGGGGAAGAAAUUAAGUAUCUUUCCUGUCUUCAAGAGUGUAAAACAAAAACUGAGAAAUUAUAGGACGAUCAUAAUAGUUGAGCUCAGAAAGUUGUGUACAGUGACACCACGCCUGGCUAAAGGCCAUUACCAACUGGUGUACCCAAGGUAUUUAUAGUGACUGACACUGGGACUGCCACAGGUCAAGAAGCAUUCGGACAAUGAUCUCAAACAUUAGAUUUGAUCUUUGAGUGGUCCUGUGUGAAGCCAGGAGCUGGACUCUAUGAUCCUUGUGAGUUCCUUUCCAACUCAGGAUGUAUUAUAAUUCUAUUACUCCUAUACUGGUAAACAUCUUUGUGAAUGACCUGGCUGUUGGAACAGAAUGUGUCAUCAGUGGGUUUGCAGAGAGUAGGAAGAGCUGCUGGAUGCACCUGUGCUGCCAUUCAGAAGGAUCUUGGCAGGUGGAAAAGAUGCACUGGCAGGAACAUAAAUUUCAGCAGGAGGAAAUGCAAAGUCCCACAUCUGAGGAAAAAUUACCACCGACAUCAAUACAUACUGGGGCCAGGUGGCUGGAAAUCACCUUUGUAAAAAAGCUUCUGAGUAUUGGUGGAUGCCGAGUUGACUGUGAGCCAGCAGUGCACCCUCAUGGUCUCAAAAGCUAAGAGCCUCUCAGGCUGCAAUAGGAAGGAAGAACAGAGCUAUCAGGUUGGCAGAUGUGCAUCUGAGUGCUGCAUCCAAUGCUGAGGUCCCCAGCAUGGGAGUGAUGUGGGCAUGCUGGAAGAGAGUCCAGCAAGGGGCCAGAAAGAUCACAGAGUCAUAGGGGACCAUCCAGUCCAACCCCUGCUGCGUUAGUUCCCUACAGUGGGUUACUCAGGAAAGUGUCUGGGUGUGUUUUGAAUAUCUCCAGAGAAGGAGACACCACAACCUCUCUGAGCAGCCUGUUCCAGUGCUCUGUAUCCUUCAGUAAAGAACUGUUUCCUCAUGUUCGUAUGGAACUCCGUAUGUUUCAUUUUGUGCCUGUUGUCCCUUGUCCUGGAAAGGGAGCUGGAAAGAGCCUGGCCCCCAUCCACUUGGCUCCCACCCUUUAGGUAUUUAUCAGCAUAAGGUCCCCUCUCAGCCUUCUCUUCUGCAAUGCUGAGCAGCCCCAUGUCUCAGCCUUUCCUCAUGAGAGAGAUGCUCCAGGUCCCUCAUCACCUCUGUGGCCCACUGCUGAACUUCCUCCAGCAGUUCCCUGUCUUUCUUGAGCUGAGGAGCCCAGAACUGGACACAGUACUCCGGAUGUGGCCUCACCAGGACACAGUAUAGGGGAGGAUCACCACUCUCAACCUGCUGACCACACUUCUUUGAAUGUACCCCAUGUUCAAGGAACAUUUGGAUGUUGUGCUGAGGGACACGGUUUUGUGAGAACUGUUGGUGAUGGGUGAAUAGUUGGACUGGAUGAUCCUGUGGGUCUUUUCCAACCUCAAUGAUUCUAUGAUUCUAAAUACCAGUCAGUCUUCUCCUUCUUGAAUCUCUUCAUUAAAUUCAGAGUCGAGGGAUCUUCCUGAUCCAAGGGUGAGGCAGAGGAGGUGCUGAGCACCUCAGCCUUGUCUGUGAGCACCAGCACCAGCCUCACAGGUAAGAAAUUCCAGCUAGCUGGCUGCUAACCCCGUGUGGAUUCAGGCACUUUUUUCCAUAGCAGUUUUGCUGCUUCUCAUGUCCUCCUCCCCCCCUGAGAGCUCUAAAUGAACAAGUUCCAUCUGUGGAUCUCUAGGUUUUCUUAUGCUCCUUUUUUUUCCCUCCUCCCUGUGAUGGGGUGGAGAGCAGGGUCCAGACAGGUAAAAUGUUUCCCACUUGUGUCCUAUCAAGUGUACGGGUAACUUCAAAGAGCACGGUUCUGUCACUUGCAGCUGUCCAGUCCCUAAACUGAAACUAACUGGGAACAAAGUGGUCUGUUUAACUGGAGAUGAUGAAACAGAAUUUGCUCAACAAAGCAUCUGUCUUUCUCAAGACAACACUGAGGGAGAACUUUCAUUUUCAAGCAUAGAUUUUGUGUCCUAUCUAUUCAUCAAAGCUGGAGCUCCACUUUCCUCUAUGCAUAAAUCCUUGCACAUCUCUGGUGAAGCUAUGAUGCUAAUUACUGUUCUCUGAAAAUGAACACUGAUGGAAGUAAUCCACAUCGUUUCCUUGUUGAGUUGUUCAUUAUCCGCUUUAUUUGUCUCACUGAAAUAUUUGGGUGCAUGUUUAUAACCACAAAAUGUUGUCACCUCCACAGUUCAGUGACAGGCACAAGUAGGGUUCGGACUUCUUCAUGAGAAAUAACUCUUAAUGUGGCCUGGUUGUUCCCAUGGUGUGCUCACAAUAAGCUGUUCUUAGAAUGAAUGGGGCUGAACUGAGACUUAGCAGCGUGUUCGUAAGGUUUUCUGCCUCAGCCAAUCCUUUUGUCCAUGAAAAUACUGUCUUGGAGUUCCUGCUCUAUGACUAACACUUCAGAAGUUAAAGUCUCUGUAAACAUUCCUAAGCUUUGCAGGCAGGUAGAUGGUUGAACCCUCAACCGCCUUAAUGAGACAGCUAACUAUGUUUUAAUUUCAUGGACGAGCCAAAGAAAAAGAACCAUAGAAAAAAGAACAGCAACAAAAACAGAUAGAUAAGAGUAUAACAGAACUGGGCCAGGAGCAGGUCGGAUCUCAGCUUGCAGACAUGGGCAGUCUGAAUUUCUUCUGAAGCUCAGCUUCUACUUUGUGUCCAAGCAAGAAGAUGACUCAGGUGAUAUAAUUAAAAAAUAUAUAAUUAUCGUAGAAUCAUAGAAUGGCCUGGGUUGAAAAGGACCUUUAAGACCACCUAGCUAUGCUCAAACAUAAUUCUGAGUCGUAAAAUAGUCCCAUAUUCCUUAAAGUGGAGCUCUGUAGAAAAGUCAGUAGAGUCACAGAGGAGGGGGAAGGAGCCCUCAACUGCUAACAGCUGGAAGAAAUAAGAUGGCAUCGUAAUCAAGAAAGGAAGGAUUGAUAUGGGCAACUGAUAACACAGCAGUGAAUUCCAGCUCUAAUUCACUGGUCUGUGGUGCAAGACUGAGAAACAGUGAGGAAUUUGAGUUCCGUGGCUGGUGAGAAAUCAGCAAGCAGCUCAAUGAAGAUUGAUCUUUACUAAAUGCCUGCUAGUAGUGGACUGUUUGGCGCAGGUUAUUAUUUCCUGCACAUCAUUCUUGUAUCUGGAGAGAUCUGCAGUGUGCCCAAAUCACAACCAAGAUCAGGGCUGGAGAAUCACAAGCAAAGCCUUAGUCCCCCAGCAUUAACGAGGCUUUUGCCACCUUGUUUGGGAGUUGGUGCACCAGCUGCAAAUACCCUUUGCUUUGCAUGUCUGGGAAAUAAAGCCCCUGGUUCAGGGCCCAGCUGCAGGCAUGGCCAGGUGAUGUGAGUCACUGGGAUGAGGAGCUGUAUCCACUGGCAGCUCAGGGGCUGAGUCAAGGAGGUGAGGGUCUGCCUCUGUGGUCAGCAGCAGGCAGCAGAGGUGUGUGGUGAGGAUAAUCUAUUUGUGAUGAAGAAAGUGCUGUGUUACUGUCAAGCUUGUGUUCUGAUGAGCAGAGAUUCCUUUCUUUUUCCCCAUGCUCAUAGCUCCUUGUCCAAAAGGCAUCGUGCUUACAGCCCAGUGGUGAAGCAAUGCUGGAAAACAUGAGAGAAGUGGGGCUUGCUAUUUCUCUGAGCUGCAGACAGGAGACUGAAUGCAGGGGUAAGUGGGGGCAGACUUAACAUUUGCCGUUACAGGUGCUACUUCCCACUGUGGAGAUGCUGUCCUGUUGAGUGUGUACUGAAAAAUAAAAUCAAGAGGGAAAAGAAAAUUCAACACUGUAUUGUGCUAUAUUGUUGUAGGUCUGUCCCUGCAAGUUGUAAGGGAACUGUUACAGUACUCUCGGUCUUUCUCUUGUCCUAACAGUAGCUCCUAGUGGUGGUUGUUGUGAACUAAACUGAUUGUCAGAAGGGCUGCUUAUGCAGGAUAGUUUUGCUGCUGGCAUUGGCCUUAGACAUAUUCACAUGCUUACAACUAAAAGGUUUACUCUGUUGUAGUUUGCUUCUAUCAGGUUUUUAACCAGUCUUAUGUCUUCCCUUGAAAUCAAGAAAAAAAGGUCGAUUUUGUAAGAUGCAACGAAGCAAAAAUAAGUCCUUGGUGUUUCUCAGAUGGGUUCAUGUUUUAAAACAGAUCUCUGAAAUGAAACCAGUAGGAAUUAGCGGGUUCUAAUAGAAGGUGAGGAUUCUGAAACCUUAGGGUUUCACUUAUCCCAUGCUGUUCAGCAGAUGGAAGCCUCAGUUUGGGAAGGAUAUUGCUUCCUGCUAAAGGAUUCCUUUUAGGAGUGGUGGAAAUUUGUCAUGGCACUUGACUUAGGAUAGCAGCUGGAGCCACCCUGUAAUAAACAGACUUAUAACUCCUCUUAUAAACUGCCUACUUCUUCUACACGGGUCCUGGUUCCAGCCUUUCCUUUAACUGAGCUAUCAGAUAGCUCAGGCAGUGCAGAUGUGACUCGGAAACAAAGUCUGGCAGCAAAAGCAAACAACCAUGGUGAAAUGCUUAUUGCAACAUGACAGAAAUACAGAGGCCAGUACCUCAUGUUACGUUGAGCACAAAAUACCCCCCGGUAAGUGCAGUGUGUUUCAAUAAGCAUAAAAGUUAUUUGCUCAUGUGAGCUCAUCUCCCUGAAGGAGGCAUGCAUGUAAGUGAAAGAGGAUGUCCCGUGCAUUAACUCCUUUGAAAAUAAUCCCGAUGUGGACUGCAGUCACUUCAGUUUUGUUGCCGCAUCAAAAGGUCAGCACAUUAGCUUGCAUUAGAGCCAUAAUCUCAUUGUCUGCAGCAGAGUUUUAUUAUGCUCUUCUGGUUCUUUGUUUUUCUUGUCUGUACUGCUCAGACUUUAGGGAAGAAGUCACUGGCAGAGCUUGAGUCUGCUUACAGGACCAGGCCAAAAGCACAAAUACAUCAGGGCACCAUGUGAAGCAGCUCACAGCAAGAGGGGUGGGAAAGCAAGUGGUAGUCAUUGCUGUCUGUGUGCUGUGACCUGUUCAAGGUAGGCCUGAACUGCUUCAACACAGACAGUUCACAAACAUUGUCUCAACAGGCCUCAACAGGUGAGAGUGAUUUAUUACUAUUAUCGUUAUUAUUUUUAAUGCCUUCUGGGCCAUAAAGAGAAGACUUCCUUUGUGAAAAGGAUGGGAAUGGCCAUUUUGCAGAGCUGAGGAGGCUGGGCAGCUCAACAUCCACCUCGUGCUGCUGUCAUUCAUGCUGCUCUGCUGGAAGUCUGCAGGAGCCGUUGUCCCUGUGCUGCCAGGAGCUGGGAGCACCCACAGGUGGGAGAUGUCCCCUGCUGCCCAAACCUGACACCUGCUAAGGUCACUUAGACCUGUUGGCAAUGCUGCCGUGUCUUUGCCUGUGGUGGACUGCACUGCCUUUCCACUUGUAAAAUGGCAAGCACCAAAACCUGGUUAUUGUGGCUAAUUGCUCAUUAAGAUGUUGUAGGCUACAGGUGUGUUUACUCUUCUGUAGCAUUACACUUGGGAAAAGAAAAAGCAGAAGUGAAGAGAACGGUGACAAGGUGGAUUCAUUUGAAGGCAGCUGGGGUAUUUCUUCACACGUGUUUACUCUCUUGUCUCUCCCAUCUGCAAAAUAUCUGUGCACAGCCCUGUGCUGAUGGCCAGCCUUCCUGCACAGCCUCCUUUUAAGAAGGAAAAGAAGGGUAGAGAGAUCUUACCGCCCGAAGAUGUCGAGACGCAGCAGCCGACUGCAGGCCAAGCAGCAGCAGCAGCCACCGCUGCCUUGUCAAGAAGAGACUCCACGUGAGCUGCAGGCACCAGAGCAUCUCCAGACCAGGAAAAGAAGAACGGCAGAGCAGGAGAUUAAGAAGAAAGAAGAUGGGAAAAUUGCUAAGAAACAUCAAUAUGAAAUUAAGAGUUGCUGGCCGCCCACAAUAACAGGAGGCAUCUCGCCUUGCAUCAUCAUUGAAACGCCUCACAAAGAAUCAGUAACCACUGACUUCUCAAGGUUCAAAAAAUACAGGUUCAGAAACCUCUUCAUAAAUCCAUCACCUUUGCCCGAACUCACCUGGGGGAAUUCCAAAGAUGUGUGGCUCAAUAUCCUGAAGAAGGAGAACCGAUACGCCCACUGCAAACACUUCACAUCGCUACACUCCAGUCUGCAGCCGCACAUGAGGUCGAUACUGUUGGACUGGCUUCUAGAGGUAUGUGAGGUGUAUGCGCUCCACAGGGAAACCUUCUACUUAGCUCAAGACUUCUUUGAUAGAUUCAUGUUGACUCAGAAGAACAUUAACAAGAGCAUGCUUCAGCUGAUAGGAAUUACCUCACUCUUCAUUGCCUCCAAACUUGAGGAAAUCUACGCUCCAAAAAUACAGGAAUUUGCUUAUGUCACUGAUGGUGCUUGCAGUGAAGAUGAUAUUGUAAGGAUGGAACUUAUUAUGUUAAAGGCUUUAAAGUGGGAACUCUGUCCUGUGACAAUCAUCUCUUGGCUGAACCUCUAUCUUCAAGUGGAUGCUCUGAAGGAUGUUCCAAAAGUGCUCCUACCUCAGUAUUCUCAGGAAAAAUUCAUUCAGAUAGCACAGCUCUUAGACCUGUGUAUUCUGGAUGUGAAUUCUUUAGACUUCCAGUACAGAACACUAGCUGCUGCUGCACUCUGCCACUAUACCUCAACUGAAGUAGUUAAGAAAGCUUCAGGCUUGGAUUGGGACAACAUUUCAGAGUGUGUAGAGUGGAUGGUUCCGUUUGUGAAUGUGGCAAGGAAAGUCUCUGUGAAACUGAAGCAUUUCAAGAAGGUUGCAGUAGAAGACUGCCACAACAUCCAAACACACACCAACUACUUGGACAUGCUGGAAGAAGUUAACAGUGGAGUAGCAUCUACUGCCCCAGGUCAGUUAUCACCCGUGUCAACAGCAGGAAUAAUAACUCCUCCCAAAAGUACAGAGAAGAAAUGAAAGCUGGACAGCAAUCCUUAUGAACAGUUUCAGGAACAAGACCAGGUGCUUCAGAACAGGACCACACUAAGGGUGACUCACUUUAACGCUCUUCACUGCUAUUCAAGAUGUGAGCAGUAAGGGAUGCAUCAAACAGAGCAGCGGAUGGAACUGAUAGCAGCAUCUUCCUUGAGACUUGAUUAAAGAACUUAGACCAAACAUCCCUCCCUGUGUCGUCACAGGAGCAUGAACUACUCGAGUCCCUUCUCAAAUAUGACUUAUGUAGUUCAACCCUCUGAACAUUCCUAACUUAUGAAUUUCAGGAAUAUGUUUUGUAAUGGCUGAGUGGCGAAGUUUGUCCACUCGAGUUACGUGUCAAUGUGCUUUAAUGUGGGACAGCCACACGCGAGACCUUGGUGCCAGCAUGUACGUAUUACCUCUUCCUGACCUUUCUUUUCCCUAGGAGCUUACUGCCUGUAAGUUAGUCAGCCUAUGAGCUCAGGUGCAGUAUUACAGAGGUCAGUGAAUAAACAGUUUACAUUUCUGAAACCACUGUGCCCUCACAUUAAGGCAUGGCCAGCCCUGUUUUGAAUCUUAGCUUUCCCAGCAGGUCAGUAUCAGCUGUUUAGGGCUGCCAUAGACUUCAGUUCCCAUGAAUCGCUGACCUCAGGUAAGAGUACAAACAGAACAAUGGUGCUUAAGUAAUCUUAACUGGAUGCAGUCUUGGAAGGAAAGAGUUCUAUUUUAUAAGGCUCAGCCAUCAGCUUUCAAUGGAUAAGAACCCUUUCCCUUUCUGGUUCUCUACAACCACUCAAAUCCUGCCACCAGCGUGAAGAAGCGACCAUGUUCCUAAACAGCAUUAACUACUGUGUUUGUGGAAUAUUCACUACCUCUGCAUGUGAGGUGCUCCUCGUGAAGGGAGGGUAUGGGGAAAGCUGGAACGUGGUCCGCCUCCCUCUGCCACGAUGCUUCCACCUGCAGAAGCACCCAGGGCCAAUUCCCAGCAUUGAGCAGCACAAGAAGCUGCACGACAGCAGCAGCUCAUUCAUUAAACUCUGCCACCUUUGCAAACUUGAAUUCAGGGCUUCUUCAGACAGUCCAUGCCACAAAUACCUGAAGUUAUUGUUUUAGGCCUUCUGUACAGUUUGUAAAGAUAUGGUGUUUUAUUAUAAUAUUUCAUCUAUUUCUAUAAGAAAGAUACCAGACUGUAAAUGUUGUAUAAAAAUUUAAAUGAAUUUUAAAAAUAAAAAAAAAAGCCUUGAAA